UGUGUUUUGAGAAAUGGGGUGGGAGUCUGGAAGGGACAGAGGAACUCUGGGAAAGGAAAAUGUACCAUUGGUUUGGGCAAGGCUGUGGGGAGAGCCAAGUUGUCCAGACUGGCCAGUGUGGAUGGUGCUUAUGGAAGUGGGAGAGGGGCAGUACCUUUGGAGAUCAUACUAUGAACCUGGGUGAUGGCAGAAGCCAGGCAGGAAGCUGGGCCUUGCUUCUAGGGGUCAUGGGGAGACAUGGAAUCUUCCUGAGUGGGGGGCCUAAGCUGAUGAGGGAGUGAGGGAAGCAGCUUUUGGGGUGGGCAAGAUGGAUAGAAGCUAGGAGAGAGGCUGGGAAUGGGCACAGAGGGCAGGAACAGGGAGAUGUUAGUAACCUCUUCUCUAUUGUCUUUUGUCUGUUCUGGCAGGCCUCCCUGGGGCCAGCUAUCUGUCCUGAUGCAGCUGCAGUCCCCAGCACCCCUCAUCCUCCCUGGAGAAGGCCAUGGAUGCCCCUCCUUCAAAGGCAGCUUCUUUUCCCAAGCCAGACCCUUCAGCCUCUCCCAUGUCACCCUCCCCCAGGCUGGGCCGGUACCUGCUCAUUGAUGCCAAUGGGGUCCCUUACACUUACACUGUGCUGGUGGAGGAUGAGCCACCUAGGGUGGGCCCCAAGGGGGAGGCAGCCAGAGGGGAGGUUGGCCCGGGUUGUGGGGCCCCUCGGAAAGGCUACAGCUGCCCUGAGUGUGGCCGGGUCUUUGAGAGCCCCUUCAGACUGCAGAGCCAUAGGAUCUCCCAUUCGGAUCUCAAGCCCUUCAUUUGCGGGGCCUGUGGGAAGGCCUUCAAGCGCUCGAGCCACCUAUCCCGACACCGCUCCAUGCACCAGCCUGGGGGCAGCCGGUGCCAUGCCUGCCCUCUGUGCCCACGGUGCUUCCGAGAUGCCGGAGAGCUGGCACAGCACUUCAGGGGCCACUAGGUGGUGAGGGGAACCUCGGGGCUGGUCUGCGGGGCUCAGCCUGGACAGCAGCCCAGAACACUAGAUUGGCAGGCAAAGGACCAGACUCUGAAUUCCACAGUUACUGCCGGUGGGUCUCCUCUGGGUUCUCAUCCCUCCCAGGAGCCCCUUCCAGCUCCAGACCUGCUCUGGGACACCCUCCGCUGCAGAGGCCGGGGCUGGUCUGCCCUAGUCAGCCUUAGAUCCAGGGACAGGAAGGGCUGGCUGGGUGCCCCUUGGAACCAAGAGUUCAGCCCUUGGGCAGCAGUUUCUCCACCCAGGAGAUGGGUGGAUCUGGCAGAGCAGAAUUCAAACCCUGGCUCCAAGGGGCUUGUUAGGGGACCCUGGCCCUGGCCCUUGUUUCUGAGCCUCAGUUUCUUCCUCUGUCAGAUAAGGGGAUCGGAUUUGAGAUCUCUAAGCACCCGGAGUCCUCUUGUGGGGGUCGACCCCCUCGAUCUGUAUCUCUUCCCUACUCCGGGCUUCAAUAAAUGCUUC